AUGUCAAAGAUUGGUCAUGUCCUAUUAACCAAAUCUAGAUGGUAUGAGCCUGACUCAACACCUCAAGAAAGGAAAUUAUUGUUCAAGUUAGACUUGAUGAUCUUAACAUAUGCCUCAUUUGCAUUCUUCACUAAAUUUUUGGAUGUGUCUGCUUUGAAUAAUGCUUAUGUUUCUGGAAUGAAAGAAGACAUUGGUAUGAAGGGGAAUGAUCUAACUUAUGUUAAUGCGGUUUAUGAAUCAUGUUAUUGUGUCUUUCAAAUACCAAUAAAUUUAUUGUUAACAGCUUUUCCAACCUCAUAUAUCCUACCAGCAUCUGAACUUGGAUGGGGAAUUGCAACAUUAGGUACUGCAUUUGUUCAAAAUACCCAUCAGUUAAUGGCCUGUAGAGGUUUAUUGGGAUUGUUCGCCGCGUCGAAUUAUUCUGGAUGUACAUUUGUUAUAGCCAGCUGGUAUAAAAAGAAUGAACGUGCUAAAAGAAUGACAUUGUUUUGGAUUUCCAAUCCAAUUGGAACUGCAGUUGGGGGCUGGUUACAAGCUGCUAUAUAUACAAAUCAAAACUUAGCUUUGAAAAGUUGGAGAAUUUUAUUUGUUGUCUGUUCUUGUAUCACUAUUGUGGUAUCAGUUUAUGGGUUUAUUGCGUUACCAAAUCUGCCGCAUGAUAUCAGGUCAAGGUUCUUGAGUGAAGAAGAGAAACAAUUAGCAGUUGAGCGUGUUUCUAAAGAAAACAUAGUUACAAAGAGAAAGCUAUUAGACAUAAAGUCUUUCGUGAAGUUGUUAUACACUUGGAAAACUCCACUGUUUGCAUUCCUAUUAUUUUCACAAGUCUUUUCCUAUUAUCCAAGUGGAACCCCAUUUACCCUUUGGCUAAAGAGUCGUCAAAAUUUGACUAUUCCACAGAUUAAUAAUAUACCAACUGGUGGCAAUGCGUUAUCGUUGAUCAGUGCUUUAUUUUUAGGGUGGUAUGCUGAUACAUUCGAUGAUAGAUUAACGCCUUAUGUGAUUGCAACAACUUUUGCAAUUAUAGGAAAUUCAAUUUUGGUCAAUUUUAAUACAAGUGAAGGUGCCAAAUAUACUGCAUUUUUAUUUUUGUUCAUUUCCCAUGGUGUUGCACCUAUAUGGCAAGCUUGGGCUUCUGACUUAACUUCCCACAAUUCUGAGUUAAGAGCAUACUCAAUAGCUUCAGGAAAUGUUGCCAGUGAAGUUGGCUCAUUGGUGGUUCCGUUAAUUGUUUUCAAAGUUACGCAAUCUCCACGUUUCAAGGCAGGAUUUAUAUUCAGUUUGGUAAUUUCGAUUGCAGAGCUGUUUAUAGCCAUAUCAAUUUCAUUCUUAGAUAAGAGGUACCCAAUUACAACAGAUAUUAAUGAUGAUGAUUGGAUACCUUCAAGAAGAACUAGUGGUAGUAUUUCUGUUGUUGAGUAUCAGCAAGCCAGAGAAAAAUGA